UUAUACCAGUCCGGAAAGAAGCAGCAGCUGUGUCGAAUAACGUUUUGCCAGCGGAAGAAGAGAGAAAGGGCGUGGGCACACACGCACACUCACACUCGUAUCUUCUGAGCUGAGUAAGAUUUUAAACAGCAGCAGAAGAAGCAGGUGACUGUGGAAAUGUCAGUGCAAGAGUACCUGGAUAAGCACUUACUUUCCCGAAAACUCGAAGAUGCCGUCAAUGCCGCCGUUAGGGCCAAGACCUCCGAUCCCGUUCUCUUCAUCUCGAAUCACAUGAGAAAAGCAGUGCAAUCGGUGAUAACAAAAGUCAAGGCCAGGCAGAUCCUCGAUAGCAGAGGGAUUCCAACCGUCGAAGUCGACUUGUACACUAACAAAGGAAUGUUUCGCGCUUCGGUUCCUAGCGGCAACUCCACCGGCAUGUACGAAGCUGUCGAGCUACGGGAUGGAGACAAAGGAGUGUAUCUCGGAAAUGGCGUGGCCAAAGCUGUUAAAAAUAUUAAUGACAAAAUAUCUGAGGCAUUGGUCGGCAUGGAUCCCACGCUUCAGUCGCAGAUUGAUCAGGCCAUGAUAGACCUCGACAAAACUGAGAAGAAGGGGGAACUUGGAGCCAAUGCUAUAUUAGCUGUGUCCAUUGCUGCUUGUAGAGCUGGUGCUGCGGAAAAGGAGGUACCACUUUACAAGCACAUUGCCGACCUGUCUGGAAAAACCAACCCAACACUUCCUGUUCCCGCCUUCACUGUUAUAAGUGGUGGAAAACACGCGGGGAGUAACCUGGCCAUUCAGGAAAUCAUGGUUCUCCCAAUUGGAGCAAGCAAAUUUGAGGAAGCACUGAGAAUGGGUACUGAGACCUAUCAUCACUUAAAGGCUGUCAUUACAGAAAAAUCUGGUGCACAUAACUGUAAUGUUGGUGAAGAUGGCGGCUAUGCUCCUAAUAUCUCCAGCUUUAGAGAAGCCCUGGAUCUUGUCAAGGAGGCUAUUAGCAGAACUGGCUAUAAUGACAAGAUAAAGAUAGCUCUUGAUGUUGCUGCUACAAAUUUUUGCAUAGGUAAAAGAUAUGAUCUAGAUUUUCAAUCUCCUCAAAAAUCUGGACAGAAUUUUAAAUCAGCGGAGGAUAUGAUAGAGUUGUACAAGGAACUAUGCUCGGAAUACCCUAUUGUGUCAAUAGAAGAUCCAUUUGAUAAGGAAGAUUGGGAACAUAUCAAGUAUAUCUCAAAUCUUGGGAUUUGUCAGAUAGUUGGGGAUGAUCUCUUGAUGUCAAAUGCAAAACGCAUUGAGAAAGCAAUAACUGAGUCUGCUUGUAAUGCCCUCCUACUUAAGGUCAACCAAGUUGGAACUGUUACAGAGGUCAUUGACGUGGUGAAGCAGGCAAAGGAAGCACAUUGGGGAGUGGUAACAUCCCAUAGAUGUGGCGAAACCACAGACUCUUUCAUAGCUGAUUUAUCUGUUGGCCUUGCUUCUGGUGUGAUUAAGUCAGGUGCUCCUUGCAGAGGAGAGCGGCUAGAAAAGUACAACCAGUUACUUCGGAUUGAGGAGGAGCUCGGAGAACAUGCAGUCUAUGCUGGUGAAGAUUGGAGGCAAUGAGACAGAUCAAUUUCUUCAGAUUGGUCUGAGAUAUGAUUUUCUUCUUUAAGUUUGAUAUGUGUGGUUGAAGUUCAUCACUGUACCAUAUUCAACAACUGCUGAUGCUCUAUUGCCAUAACUGUUCCUUCACCACCACUUUGUGUCAUUGGGCUUUUAGAGAAUGUUUACCAUCAUUACCAAUCUGUACGAGAUAGUGCGGCCUGUUUAUUUGUCUAUUUGUUAUAGGGAGAGAAACUUAUACAAAUCCAACGCUGAAGGUAAAAUUGAUCUGGGCAACUGAUAUUGGUAGUAUUUUUCCAAUUCUGCACAUUGCUUAUGUUCCAGAUACCAUCUUUCACAGAACUGACCACCGAUUGACUUAUCAGUUAUAAAUCUACCUUUAUUUCAUUCUA